AUUCCUUCUCCUUCCUUUCCUUUACUAAUUUGUAUCAACGACAGGCUUUGGGAGAGAAGAAUUCACGUACAUAUUUUAGGCGUACUACUUUCAGAAUAACUUGUCUGACACACUCUUGCAAGAUUUGAAGAAAAGUUUUAAAUGCUCAAGGGUAUUUCACUUUCGAUUGGAGACUUGAAGCAUCUAUGAUUCAUUAAUUUGUCUCGUACAGAUAUCGAAAGUCUACAAACGAUUGUAACAACAUCAUUUGUCAGAGAGUAGACCAAAACCCAACGCUUGUCUGAAGAGGAGAGAAUCUAGCAAAUGUGGGUUUUUUGAGGUUGCAGGGCGCUGUUGGCCCCGGCAUCUGCUGCCAGGUCCUCAUCCGCCGGCGCUGCUGCUGUUGUUGCCACAAAAUCGCCGUCGAAAUCGACUGAGACGUGCAAGACGGCAAGUCCCCGGAAGCCUAAAUCGCGCCCUCGAACCAUGGUCCGACCACUGGCAUUCUCAAGGUCGCUCCUGUUUCCCCUGCCUUGGGCGCGUUUCUUGGAGCCAAUGAAGCGUCUCGCAGUGAUGCAGUCAAGCAGAUCUGGUCCUACAUCAAGACCCACGACCUCCAGAACCCAAAUGACAAGAGGGAGAUCUUUUGUGAUGAGAAGCUUAAGGCCCUUUUUGGUGGAAAGGAGAAGGUUGGUUUCUUGGAGAUUGGAAAGUUGCUAGCCCAGCAUUUUGUAAAGACUAAUUGACUGCUCGUUUUCAAAAAUCCAGUUUCUGUUGUCCAACCUCUAUUGAACAAAGCUCUUUUAAAUUCCAUCUAUCUUGAAUCCCUUAUGAUGUAUCCCAAUGAAUAGCUUUUGUUUUAAGAGCAGAACUCCUAGGGUUGAGUUUGCAACUUAACAGGUUUCUAGCUGGACAUGUUGUAAAAAUUUGGUAGGAAGAAGAUGAUUAGCUUUCUUAUUUGCUUUGUGAUUUGAAUUUCACUGUUGGUGAUAUCUGUGCUGCUUCGACUGACUGGUAAUAUAUGGUGGGGAAUACU